AUGCGAGGUUCUCUCGGAAUCGAAUUGGCUCUGAAAUAUUUCAGCAAGGCCCGCGAUCACAAGACUUGGACACCAAACUCGGAGGGUCUUCUUAAGGCCAAGCUUCAGAUGAUUGUUCAGGAAUUAAUAAAGGCUGGGGCUUCUGAUUUCCUUGAUGAAGGGGCAACAACCGCUGAUAGAGACAAAAACGAAGCUGGAAAAUCAAGUGAUUCUAUGUCAGCAAGAAAAUCUCAUGGGGCAUCAAUGGUCAUGAAACGUCGAGUUGUUUCACAGCCUGAUGUAGAUCCAGAUGCCUGUCACAGUCAACCCAAAAAACCAGCUGCAAAACGCCCUCAAGUUGAUACCCUUGAAUCCAAGGAAGCUACAAUAAUCAUAUCUUCAGACAAUGAAGUCACCCUACCACGUAAAAGCACUAGCGCAACUGUAUCGGCUCCAAAGAAACCUCCUGGUGUCUUGAACAAGAUCGAGAAGGUCAAUCUCAUAUCUUCAGAUGAUGAGGUCACCCAACCACGUAAAAUCACCAGCAAUGUUGUAUUGGUUCCAAAGAAAUCUACGUGUGGCUCUUCCAAAGUCGAUAAGGCCAAAAAGGCUACAAAAGUCCUUGAUAAUUGUCCUUUAUCAACACCCAAUACCCCUUGCAACCGAUGCAAGAUUGAGGUAACAUCAGCGGAUAAGGAAUUUCGAUGUCAUUGCGGUCAAAAGAUGAUACUCUUACGAGCUGGGCGCAGUGAGAAAGCACUCAGUCAUUGGAAUACAACCUGUAAACAGAAGACCUCUACAUUACGCUCAAAUGCACUGUUGGUUGGAUUUCUGGCCCAAUCACACGGAGAUGAUAAACGGGUCAAACGCGGCUUUGUUGAGAUUGAGUGUCCUGGUCUCACCGAUGCUACAUGGGAUCGACCACGGGCAACAUAUUCAAUCAACUACUUUCUUGAACAUACAUGUAGUAUCUAUCGCGGAAACAAUCGACACCGCGUAUGCCAAGAGCUUUUUGGACAGAAUGCGACCGAAAAACAACUUUCAACCGAUGAAAAAGCUAGAUUGAUGACUACACUUGAUGCUCGAGCAAUAUGGGAGGUCAAACGUCAUGGAUCACGUAGUGCUAUAUACUCUCGAAAAUGUACAACUACCCUCCUGAUAAAGAAAACUGAGAAAAUCCAAAAUUGUUCAGAAUGUGAAUCUCUCAAAGGAGUCCGUAGUUUGGGUUUAUUCAAAGAUCGAGAGGCGGUUCAAGGUUUGUUCAAGAGUGUUGCUGUGCGAGCAGAACGUGAAAUGGCAGGGAAGUCUCUCCGAGGGAUGCGGGUUGAUCCAUAUUUAGACGACUGCCUCACCACUCUUGGAGCAAUGAGUCGCAGUGCACUUAAUCUUUUCAGCAAGACUUUUGCAGCCUUGGGUUACUCAGGACCAAUUGCUGCUGCGUCCGACCAGACAGUGUGUGUCAAAACACUGCGACAUCAUAAUCAGUGUCUAGUGGGUGCAGAAGGAGGCGACAAGCCGUUUGAGAACAAUGAAGAACUUAAAAGACUUAUGAAAGACAUAGUUGACAAUGAUAAGUUAUGUUCAAAGAUUCGAGCUUACACCAUCCAGGUGCCGUUGCCAAAUAUUCCAACUUAUGUAGUAGCUCUCAUAUCUAGUCGGUCAAAAGAAGGAGCAAAAGAUAUUGCAGAUGAGCAUGCAGCUGUUAUUGAGCUGGCACACACAUCCGUACAUGUCAAAGUACCUCUGUUUGGAAAUCCUCCUCGCCCAGUUGUAGCUGUACAGGACCCAAAGCAUGCGAGAAAGACUGGAGCAAAUCAACUUUUAUCUGGUUCGCGGUUGCUUGUCAUGGGAAAGUAUACCAUCACUAUCCAACAGCUUGCGGAGAUUCUCAAGAUGCCCGAUAGUCCCCUUCUAGCAAAGGAUGUAUUUGAUAGUGAUAAGCAAGAUGAUGGCCGAGCUUUUCGAACCCUAUCUGCAUCCACUCUUUCAGCCUCACUUCGCCUCGAUUUGUCUACCGGCUUGACAAUUUUUCUUUUCAUCAUCGGCGAGUUGGUCAAUUCUUGGUUGAGUAAAAGUAUGGGACACAGAGAGCGCAUACGCUCUGCAUGGACUGCGGGAUUCUUCUUACGGCGAUGGAAAGGCUACCUUCAGAAACGCGAGAAAGAGACGAACAGUCUCAUGAGUUUUCAUCUAAACUGCAUCUCACACGCUAGUUAUAAAAUAUUCUCCAGUCUUCCCAUUUCUCUUCUGGGUAUGAUCAUAUCAUAUCGAGAUUACUAUCCAGACUAUCCAUUCUGUCCUUGGAAGCAUGGAACCGAAUCCUGCGAACAUGUAUUUGGAUGGAUGCGAGUACUUUCACCUUGCUUCUCCGUCCUUGAUGCUCGGUUCAUGAUGCCAAAGAUUCAUGCAGUUGUUAAGAGUGUAAUGAGUGGCAAAAUCAAAAUCCCUCCUUCUGAACACAUUCACUCGGGUUAUCAAUAUGCUUUUGGCGACGAGGGAACCUUAGAAACAAUCGAACACCUUCGGACUUACCCAACUAAUGCCGAGAUCUCUGAGGAUCUAACCAUCGCCAAUCAACUUGCAAAUGGUCUGGCUCAUCUAGCAGGGAUGGGUCCAUUAGAUCCUGAAGAUGAUGACUUACCUGUUGAGGACGAUGAUCUGCCUUUUGAUGAUGAAGACCUUGUUCCAGAUAUGACUGAUAGCUCACCUGAUAUAUCAACGUGCGCGACUAAGGACUAUUGUGUUCAUUACACCUCAAAUCCUGGAGAAUUUUCUGAGGAGGUUGCUUUUGCUGAAGCUGCAACAUUAGCAAAAGAGCAAAAUGCACUCGAUCUACUACUUAAUCAGGUUCCUGAAAAUUUCGAAACCGAAGCAAUCCAAAAUGCAGCUAUGUCCAUCACAAACUUAAUGAAUCCAUCUGGUAAGUAA